UUCUUGGCUCGGGGAGAGAAUACCUCAUUCUGUGCUUUGUGAGAAAAGAGUCGUGUGUUUCUAGCGAUCUUAGCGGCGAUAAGGGAGAGGUGGCCGAUCUGACAACCUUCCAUUAUCUGCACAACUGUAUCGUGCGUACGUUCCGUCCGUCCAGCUACUGGAGCAACUGGAUAGGUGGGAUCAGAUCAGUACAUUCUGAAGGGAGGCACUUGGUCAAGGAUCCAGAGUUGAAUCCUGAUCUGAGCUGGUUUUCAGUCUGUCUGCCCGUCCCUAGGUCUUUCUGCUACCAAAUAUGCCGCUGCCUGUUGCGCUACAGACCCGCUUGGCCAAGAGAGGAAUCCUGAAACAUCUGGAGCCUGAACCAGAGGAAGAGAUCAUUGCUGAGGACUAUGAUGAUGAUCCUGUGGACUAUGAGGCCACCCGGUUGGAGGGCCUGCCACCAAGCUGGUACAAGGUGUUCGACUCUUCCUGUGGGCUCCCUUACUACUGGAAUAUAGACACAGACCUCGUGUCCUGGCUCUCCCCACAUGACCCCAACUCCAUCGUUACCAAAUCUGCCAAGAAGCUCAGGAGCAGUAAUGCAGAUGCUGAGGAGAAAUCAGACCGUGGCCAUGACAAGUCGGAUCGGGGCCACGACAAGACCGACAGGGCCUAUGACAAGCCAGACCGGGGGCACGACAAGUCAGACCGGGGCCAUGACAAGUCUGACAGAGAUCGAGACCGUGUCUAUGACAAAGUGGACAGAGAGAGAGAACGGGACAGGGAACGGGAUCGGGACCGCGGCUAUGACAAGGCAGACCGAGAAGAGGGCAAAGAACGGCGCCACCAUCGCCGAGAGGAGCUGGCUCCCUACCCAAAGAGCAAGAAGGUGGUGAGCAGAAAGGAUGAAGAGUUAGACCCAAUGGACCCCAGCUCAUAUUCGGAUGCACCCCGGGGCACAUGGUCAACAGGACUCCCUAAGCGGAAUGAGGCUAAGACGGGUGCUGACACUACAGCAGCUGGGCCCCUCUUUCAGCAGCGUCCCUACCCAUCCCCCGGGGCUGUGCUCCGGGCCAAUGCUGAGGCCUCCCGAACCAAGCAGCAAGACUGAAUCGUCGCCCUCUCCAGGCCUAGAGUUUUUAAUAAAAGCUUUUCUGUGAUCAUGUCCA